UCGAACCAACGCGAUGAGGAAGUGGGCACUGUCUUCUGCACUCCUCCUUCUUCUCCUCCUUUCCACCGUCCCCGACCAAGGUAGUACCUCGAUCCACCGCUUCGUGCUUCCGAUCUUAUCUCUUCGACGAGCUCUCGAUCUGAUCUCUUCGACGAGCUCUCGAUCAGUUUCUGUUGGUUUGGUUUUGACGCUUAGGGGUUUACGUGAGGUUCUUAUUGAUCUCUCAGGGAGGAAGCUCCAGGCGAAUGCGGAGGGAAGCGUGGACUCUGAUGACCUCGCUGAUCUUCCGAAGGUGGAGGAGAAGCUCGGAGCUGUUCCCAGUGGACUGUCGACCGACUCCGAAGUCACCAAAAGAGAGGCGGAGUCGAUCUCGCGGAAGACAUUGCGGAGCAACGCCGAGAAAUUCGAGUUCCAAGCUGAGGUUUCUCGGCUGAUGGAUAUUAUCAUCAACUCGCUCUACAGUAACAAAGAUGUCUUCUUGAGAGAGCUUAUCUCGAACGCUUCUGAUGCGUUGGAUAAGAUCAGAUUCCUUGCACUCACCGAUAAGGAGGUCCUGGGUGAAGGCGACAACACAAAGCUCGAAAUCCUUAUGAAGUUGGAUAAGGAAAAGAAGAUCCUGUCUAUUCGUGACCGAGGUAUUGGUAUGACAAAGGAUGAUUUGAUCAAGAAUUUGGGGACCAUCGCAAAGUCUGGAACUUCUGCUUUCAUGGAGAAAAUGCAGACAGGAGGUGACCUGAAUCUCAUAGGGCAAUUUGGUGUUGGCUUUUAUUCUGUGUAUUUGGUUGCUGAUUAUGUUGAAGUUAUUAGCAAGCACAAUGACGACAUACAGUACGUAUGGGAGUCCAAGGCUGAUGGGUCGUUUGCCGUGUCUGAGGAUACAUGGAAUGAACCACUUGGUCGCGGAACUGAGAUAAGGCUGCAUUUAAGAGAUGAAGCCAAGGAGUAUCUUGAAGAAGACAAAUUGAAGGAACUGGUGAAGAAGUAUUCCGAAUUUAUCAACUUCCCCAUUUAUCUGUGGGCAAGCAAACAGGUGGAUGUUGAAGUUCCAUCUGAUGAAGAAGAGUCUUCUGAUGAAGAGGAAACAUCUGAAACUGCUACUACAGAAGAAGAAGAAGAAGAAGAAGAGGAAACUGAUGAGGAUUCUUCUGAGAAAAAGCCAAAGACAAAAACUGUAAAAGAAACCACUUAUGAGUGGGAACGCCUGAAUGACAUGAAAGCCAUAUGGCUUCGCAAUCCCAAGGAGGUUACUGAGGAAGAAUACUCAAAAUUCUACCACUCUUUAGCAAAGGAUUUCGGUGAUGACAAACCAUUGGCCUGGAGUCAUUUUAUUGCUGAAGGUGAUGUCGAGUUCAAGGCUUUGCUCUUUGUGCCUCCGAAUGCUCCUCAUGGUUUCUAUGAAAACUACUAUAUCGACAACAAAUCCAACUUGAAGUUGUUUGUCAGAAGGGUUUUCAUUUCUGAUGAGUUUGAUGAACUUCUACCUAAAUAUCUUAAUUUCUUGAAGGGUCUUGUUGACUCUGAUACUUUGCCACUUAAUGUCUCACGAGAGAUGCUCCAACAACACAGCAGUCUAAAGACAAUUAAGAAGAAGUUAAUCCGCAAGGCUCUUGAUAUGAUUCGGAAAAUUUCUGAUGAAGAUCCAGAUGAGUUCCAUAACAAAGAUAAGCCAGAUGCAGAAAAGGAAAGUGAAGAGGAUGAGAAGAAGGGACAGUACACCAAGUUCUGGAAUGAGUUUGGCAAGUCUAUCAAGCUUGGAAUCAUAGAGGAUGCUCAUAACAGAAACCGUCUUGCUAAACUUCUUAGAUUUGAAAGCACGAAGUCUGAAGGUAAACUGUCCUCACUGGACGAGUAUAUCUCUAGAAUGAAGCCAGGGCAAAAGGACAUAUUCUACAUAACUGGAACCAGCAAGGAACAACUGGAGAAAUCACCAUUCCUCGAGAGACUUAUGAAGAAGAACUAUGAGGUCAUAUUCUUCACUGAUCCAGUUGACGAAUACUUGAUGCAAUAUCUGAUGGACUACGAAGACAAAAACUUCCAAAAUGUGUCAAAGGAAGGCCUCAAACUUGGAAAAGACUCAAAGCUCAAGGACCUCAAGGAAUCCUUCAAGGAAUUGACCGACUGGUGGAAGGGUGCUCUCUUCGGCGUGAAUGUCGAUUCCGUCAAAAUCAGCAACCGGUUGGACGACACCCCUUGCGUGGUGGUCACCCCCAAACACGGAUGGAGCGCAAACUUGGAGAAGAUCAUGCAGUCUCAAGCCCUCUCAGACGCGAACAGACAAGCUUACAUGUUCGGCAAGAGGGUGCUCGAAAUCAACCCGCGGCAUCCUAUCAUCAAGGAAUUUCGUGACCGAGUUGCUCAGGAUUCAAAGGAUGAGGGCCUCAAGCAUACGGCACGGCUCAUGUACCAAACUGCUCUAAUGGAGAGUGGCUUCGUUCUCAAAGAUCCAAAGGAUUUCGCCUCCAGCAUAUACAAAUCGGUGCAGAAGAGCUUGGAUAUCAGCCCUGACGCGACCGUAGAAGAGGAAGACGACACGGAGGAACCCGAGAUCCAGGAGAAGGAAUCGGACACCAAGUCUGAUAAUGUAGACGAGGAGCAUGUUAUGAAGGAUGAGUUGUAGGGCAGUAUUUGUGGCUGGUUUUGGUAUUAUUACAAUUAGGCGAAGCCUGAGGACUACUAGAGUUAAAUCCAAUUUUAAAUGGUAAUCACAAGCAUUCAUUUAGACUUC